UUGUGAGUGUGAUAGAAGAUGGCUUUGGAAUGCUUAUUUUGGCUUCUCUUUAUUUAAGCUGCAUGACCACAAAAUGUCCCUUGGAUGCAACUGGAAAAUCCGUCUUGUUUUUCCUCCCUUUUCUUCCAAGCUUGCUCGAAUGUGUUUUUUUUCUCCAGCCAAGCUGUUUGCAGCUCCAACGUUUUUUUUUUUUUUUAUUGCUUCAGUCUUUUCCUGAGUAGAAGGAAUGAGUUACCUCCGUCAGCUGUUCUGAAAGAGCCUCAGUGGAUUGCUCCCAUCUGAGUUUGCAUGUGAGUGUGAGAAAGUCCAACAGGAAAUACGGGAUAUAGCACGCUAAUCGCUCGGUGGCGGAAUGAGUGGGAAUAUCAGGAGCCAGAUGACAGAAUGAUAGCGGGACAUUGGCAGAUUGCGGCGGGGCGGGCUGAUUGGAUUGGUGCUGAAACACACAUGUGUAAGAAGUGAUGACAUCCUGACUUUGUGCUUGGCUGCGUGCACUCUAGUAAUCCACUGUCAAACCUAGCAGUGCACACACACACACACACACACACACACAGAUGAUGGUGUCAUCAUCAAUAUCUUAUUUUAAACAACAGGUCAUAUACUUUUGUAAUUGUGAAAUGUAAACUGUCACUUCAUUAACAUUUCAAAAGGACAUUACCCGGGAAGGCUUUUAUUGCCGGCAUAUCCCUUUAAGGAUCAGGAUUAGUGUGCCAUUGGAGGAGGAGGGGGAGGGAUGCUAGUGUCUCUAUAGUAUGUGUCCAUAACAUUGAGCCAAUAGGCAUCAGUCAGUGUGUUUAUAUGCAUUUAAAUAUAUAUAUAUUGCAUGAUUUGUUUUCUUUUUAAAAGGCACACCUUUAAUAUUAUUGUGGUUGACUUUUUAUAAAUCUGAUUUUGAUUGAUCAUCAGCCUUCUACGCAUGCGCCAGUCUCUGUGGAGGGUGAUGGCGAUGCUUUUAACAUUAAAUUCACAAGCGAAGAAGAUGAAGCUAGAAGGAUGGGGACUGUUUACGUUCACUAGAAGACAAAUUAAACAUAUGGAAGAUGACAUAAGCCAAUAAUUUUAGGUACAGUCGUCCCUCGCCACUGGUUUGAAUUCAUGUCUGGAGGGCUGUAAUAAUGAAUUUGGAAGGUCGUAAACUGGUUUUCUAUGCUCUGUGGAAAUAUUUGAUUUAUAAAUAAGGAAUCCUACUUUGUGGAAAUUCAAGAUCAACAAAGCAUUAUAGCUAUAAUAAAAACCUACCUGUCGUAAGUGUCACAAUGUUCUAUUUAGAGUUGUACCGAUCAGUAAACUUCAGUUUUGUAGUCCCAUUUGAAUAGUCCAAAAAUUAUAUGUGUGUAUUUUGUUAGUCAAUGAUAAGUACAGAACAAGAAUAACAACGGUAGAUAACAUAAAAAGUAUGUGAGAUAAAUGUUCACAACCAACAUCCUUAAUCAUACAGUAAAGAAAGAAAGGAAUGUCCAUCUUCUGGAACUCCUCCUCUGUUGUUUGCUAACAACCUUUGAGACACUCUCUUCCCCGUGGGUCUCUUUGUCUUUGGCUGCAUCUCUCCAGGUCGCGAGUGUGACAGGAAGAAAAGCUCUGACAUGCUUGGUGAAAAGUCGUAUGGCACUACUUGUUGUUUUGCAUGUAUAAAUCUGUAGACCAUAAAUGUAAGACGACCAGUCUUUUUCAGACUUUUUUGAUAUUUUGGUCAGUAUUUCUAUGGUUGCCAUGUGUUAGCGUUCACGGCUGGGUUGGCUGCUUGUACAAACACUAAGACCAUCGGCAUUUAUUAGGGGUCGGCGUCUCAGUUUCUACAAAUACUCUUUUAUCCAUACAUUCAUUUAUCCGAGUUGCAGGGGGAGGAAUAUCAUUUUUCAGGACACUCCUUGUGUUAAUCCCACAUGGACUAAACCCACGGUAAAAGCUUUCCAACUCCUCCAUAACAUUCUUUCUCCCUUCCCUUGUGGCAUGCUUUCAUACGGUCAAAAACAUCAGCUUUACAGAUGCCAUGUCAGCUGUAGCUUGACACAUAGUGUUAGUCAUCUGUCACAGUAAACGUACUUACAUCCACCUGUUAUUUUGUUCCUUGAGGGAAAAGAGCAGUCUAUUGGAGGUGUGGCGGUUUUUUGACAGAGCACCCGGCAGUUAAUUGGGGCACAAAGUCCACGAGUGUGAAGGACGCUAGUUCAUAAAUAUCUUACACUGGGCAUCGUGGCAUUUUUUUUUUGUUUCUUGAAGGCUGAAACACAAAUUCCAAUAGAUUGGAAUAUUAUUUACAGUACAUCAUCUAUGUAUAUGACACUUUCCUUGAACCUGCUGAUAAAAAAAAAAUAAAGCUCAGGUUCACUCAAAACUUUUUCUACACAAAAUAAGAUGAAAAAUAAAUCAACAAAUCAAGAAUAAAGAAAAUCAAUCAGUAAUAAAUAAAUAAAUAUAAUAUAAUAAUAAAAUGGCAAAUAAUAAAAACCUAAGAAACCACAUAUAGUUGGUGGGUAGACAAAUUAUUUUUUUCACAUUAAAAUUAACAAAGCAUUAUUAGAGCCCUGCAGACAUGACAAAACACGACUAUAGUUUAACACAACUUUAUUUACAACAUAUUGCGCAACUGCAGGGUCUUGGGACACAUGCUAACUCGCAAACUAGAGAGCUAGGGACCUAAACGGUAGCCUUCAAGUUAUUUCCUUUAAACUUAAAUAGCCAAAACCUUACCAUUUCCACAUGGAUAGGGAGGAUAACAACAGUUAUUUAACCUUUAACAUGAACAUUAAUCAAACGUAUUAAUUUUUUCUGGGUACAUGAUACCAUACAGCAUCCAUUGCGCAGGCCGCACUUCAUAUCAAGGCGGGGGCCUCAAACUAGUGUCCUGCGGGCCACAUAUGGCUGUUUGAGACCCCUGAUGUAGCGGGAACAUUGUCAUAUCUAUUAGUCCAUUCAUUAUUGAAUUGUGAAGUACGGAAACUGGACUAAACAUGGGAUAUAUACCGUAUGCCCAUGCAGUAUUUCUCUAGCAUACUGUAUAUAAUUAAAACAACAGUAUGUCAUCCCAUAUUUAACAGUCAGUGUGACUCAACGCUCCCUGAAGCAGUUUAGCUGUGAUUAUUCUUUAAAUGUUAGUUAGCCCUCUGUGCCUGUGUCUUUCCUCGUGGCACAGCCUCGUCAGCAAUGGACAGAGCUUGUAAACAUUUACCUCACCUGUCACACAAAAAGUUCCCCAGGCUAGUUGGAACCUCUUCGGGUGCCUGAUGAGCCCAAUGGUAGCUUGACGCUGUCUGAACCAUGACCUAAAAAAAAAAGAUAAUAUUGGAUAUUGUUGUUAAACAUGUCCUGCUUCUGUGUUUUAAUCAGACAAUCAUGAGUCCGCCCUAAAAUUCCCCAAGUGUAAGAAACCCUAAUUGACCCUGAGAGGUAAUCAAUUAUCACUGCAUGUUAAUGGACAGUUAGUACACACCCUCUAUGGCCUCAGAGGUCUAGGGCAUCACAUUCAAUAGCAGCUCAUUUGGAAUGUGCGUAAUAGAGGGUGGCUUUGGCAACAGUGGCUCAAGUCAAGUGGAGGAUUUGGCUCUCACUUUUAGGACAUGACUGAAUGCGUGAUAGUGGAUGGGUGUAACCAAUACCUGUGAAGAAUUCAAAAGGAGUUCAUAAAUUGUUUGCGACUAGUUGAUUCUGCUUCAACUGAUUUUUGCACUGACAUCGUAAUAACGUUACGACAAAAGAGUUGUUGUUCUUUGAACAGAAUGAUAAGAUUCGAUUUUUUUUCAGAGGAAGAGGAACGUGUUAUGAGUUAUUUUAUAUUAGUCAUUGUAUUGAGCUGUGGAUUCCAAUACACACGAUAACCUGCACAGAAAGCUUUCCAGAUCUUCCAGAAUCUGCACCUCUUUCUGCAGUGUUUCCAUGGACUUCUUGCUUCCGACCCGAAUUAUCUGUUUAAUAUACUCCACCCCCUGCCCUCCUGUAGGUACGCCCACACCACUGUGAUUGGUUACACUCCCAAGCGCUCCCGAGGACUUCAGAUUGCAUUGACCUCAUUAUGCGAGAAUAGAACAUUCUAACUACAUUUAUAGGUCAGAAAAGUGGAAAAACCUUUAACUGGACAAUCUGCUUUUUGUUGGACAGGAAAGUAUUUUCACAGCUGAAUGUGCAUCUACUUGCGAAAAUAACAUGAUCCUCCAAUGUUGCGUAAAUAUCGUCAAUUGUCAGUUGUGAAUUUUCCCCUUAGCCAAUAAAGCAGAUGUAAUCCAAUCCUUAGUGAGCAUGGUGGGUUAAAAGCUGAUUGAGAUGGAUAUGAGGUAAUCUCCCUUGGGUUAACAAUUUGAAAAGUGAAACACACACACACACACAGUCAUCUGUUCUUUCGCGGCAUCAGGCUGGUCAAUGACUUCAUCUGUGCCAUCUCUUUGUUGCUGGAUGGACGUUCGUCACUCUUGUUGUGGCUACCUCACUGAAACAUUUUCUUUGUGUUUGCAACUGGAUUAUUUCCAUCAGAGGCUUUUUCCACCGGAGGAUUAACAUGACUCUAAUGAGUUUUUUAAUGAAGUAGAAGACAAGCUUUUGUGUCAGGUUUCGCUGUUGACCAAAAUGGACAUCCAGCGACUGCGAGUGCUGCGUUACGGCCUCCCUCAGAGCGUCAGUGACUCAGGGCUGUUUUACAACCACAUCUCCGGCAGCGAGCAGAGCAUCUGCCAGGCUCGGGCCUCAGUGAUGGUCUAUGACGAUGCCAGUAAGAAGUGGGUGCCCAUCAAGCCGGGCCAGCAGGGCUUCAGCCGCAUCAACAUCUACCACAACACUGCCAACAACACCUUCAGGGUCGUGGGUGUCAAGCUGCAGGACCAGCAGGUGGUGAUCAACUACUCUAUAGUGAAGGGCCUCAAGUACAAUCAGGCCACGCCAACCUUCCAUCAAUGGCGUGAUGCUCGCCAGGUCUACGGACUCAACUUUGCCAGCAAGGAGGAAGCCACCACCUUCUCCAACGCAAUGCUGUUUGCCCUCAACGUCCUAAGCUCGCCUGACAGUGGAGGUCCAGUUGUCCAGCGCCAAAAUGGACCCUCCUCAGAGGAGAGCGAGGCGCAGAGGAGGAUGAUGGAGCAACAUCAGAUGCAAGCGCACAAGGAGAGGGAGCGGCGGACAUCAGGAUCAGUCGUUUCCACUCUCCAAUAUAAAGUGUCCGCACCCCCCGCCCACCCAGACACUCCGCCCGAGUACAGACAGUACAGAGCUAGCACACUGCCCCCGUCCUACGUCCGUGUGGCUUCUUCCUCCUCCCCGCCCUCCUCCUCGUCCUCUCCCUCCCAAGAGAAAGAGGCGGGGGCGGCUAGAGACAAGGCCCAGCUCUCUUCCCAACUCUCCACCUCGCUGGCCUCCGCCUUCUCCCCAGUCCAAGCGGGAGUGACCACCCAGGGCCGACAGGUCCGUCAGAUCCCCCUGUCUCCUCCCACCACUGCCCGACACCUUCACCAGCAGCAGGACGUCAUGCUCCCCCCCAAACAUGGCACCUGGUCCGCUUCGCAUUUGCAGCAAAUGUACGCCCAGUGCCCCCCCGCCGCCUCCCCUCCGGUAAUGAUGGCCAUGCCCGCCAGGCAGGGCUUACCGCCGCCACAGCCUGCGCUCCCUAUGGCUCACCCCCUCCCGACCAUGAACACUAGGAUGAAGCCCCCACCGCUCGACCCGAGCCCUCAGCAGUACCCCCAGCAUCAGUCCCAUCCUCAAGCCAACGGCCAGUCAGAUGACUCCUACUCCCCCCACUCCCACCAGCUGCCGCUCACCCCGCAGUACUGCGAGGCCGUGCCCCUGCCGCCCCUGAUGGGCCAACUGCCCCCAGGGUCUGCCCCCAACCACCAGCCCCACUACCAGUCCACCUUCCACCCUCAGCAGCAUCAACAACAAGUGCACCAUCAGCAGGCCCCAUCCUCACCCCCGUCUUACAAUGAUGGGGGUUCCCCCAAGAAGACCCCCUCCCCCGUCCCCCAGCAGGCUCCCAUGACCAACAGCAGCCCUCCUGUGUCUGCAGGUCACCCCGCUAUGCUGUCCGUGGCCCCUCCCCCGGCUGUGGUACCGGUACCCAUGGUCGGGCCCCCAGCCCCGCCGCCGCCUCCAGGCCCGCCACCCCCAAUGGCGGUGCCCCCACCCAUGCCUCCUCCACUGCCCACCGGCGGCGGGCCUCCCGGGGGUCCCCCUGGCAUGCAGCACCAACCCUCUGGGUUGGCAGCCGCGCUGGCUGGGGCCAAACUGCGUAAAGUUCAAAGGGAUGAGAGCAGUCCACCAGGAUCAAGUGGUAAAAGUGACUCGAACCGAUCAAGUGGAGGUAGUGGUGGCGGUGGAGAGGGUCUGAUGCAAGAGAUGAACGCCUUAUUAGCUCGCAGACGGAAAGCUUCUGAGAAACCUGAUGAAGACGACUCUGGUAGUCGCGGGCCUGGUCAGAACUCAACAGAUGCUAUGAAGAAGCCGUGGGAGAGAUCCAACUCUGCAGAAAAAUCUUCACUGGUGUCCAGAGUGAGACCCAUUGGCAGCACCAGUGAAUCAGACACCGAAUUUGACAGAAUGAAACAGGAAAUUUUGGAUGAAGUCGUACGCGAGUUGCACAAAGUGAAGGAUGAAAUCAUUAAUGCCAUCAGACAAGAAAUUGGCCGAAUCAGCACAUCCUAAUCUCACCUGAGUGACAUUUUGGAGGAGGAGCUGAAGGACGAGGAUGAUGAUGACGAGGGACACGGGUGGACGCAAAGACAAGACACGUGAUGACCCCCUUCGGAAUGUUCUCUCAAUGUUUCUGUGACCUCUCACGUUGCCACGUUGCAGAGACGUUGUGCCAACAUUUGAGUCUGCUGGACAGCGAAGAAGAAGAGGGAGAAGAUGGAUGUUUGGUGUUGUGUGUGAGUGUGCACCUGAAAGACUCACACAGCCCAAGUGUUGCGACUUUAUCUUCUUUUCAGUCUUAAAAAAAAAGGAACAUAUUUUUUAAGUUUGUACUGUUUUAUUAUUUAAAAGCUGUGUCGUCGACGACAAAGGACAAAAGGAAAGUUGCGCACCUUUUAUGUCAGCCUUUUAUACGUCCUUUUUUUUUUCUCUUUUGGCUUCAUCAACAAGCACAAAUGAUUCAUACUGGUGUCGUAUGGCAAAAACCUUUACUUUCCACUGAAAAGACGCCUUCUCAUCCACAAAAUUCAAAGUGUAAAGUCAUGGAAAAAGUGGCUGAAAAUGUGGUAGUUUUGAAUCCAUCCUAUGUUUGUGAUGCAUGAGCCCCCAACCCAUCUCUAUCCAUUAAUUUAUUUGCUUAUAUGAAAAAAGAUUGAUAGUACUUUGUUUCCAUGAAAACUUCCUCCCUUUCUCUCUGUGUAUGAGACCAUGCUGAUAAUGGUAGCAAAGAAGGAAAAAGGUGUUUUUGUGGCAAUAUGCAAAGUUGGAUCCAUCAGAAGAAUGUGGAGAGACGGUGGAAUGCUAGGCCAACGUGAUGGUAGCUCUCAGUGUGUCUUUGCAGGAGUUUGGAUUGUUGCACUCGCAUUAUUUGCUGUCAAGCGACGUCCUCAUUUAACAACAAAAAAAAAAUGGAAGUAAAAAAAUUCAAUCAAACCAAACUCCAGUGUCGUACGUUUGUGCAACACUUGAAUGCAACGUGUUACAUAUGCUUACAUCUGCAUGGAUGUUGAACCCAAAAGGCAAAAAUUUGGAGUUACUGGAAAAAAAGCUCUGGUUUUCAGUCAAAAUCUCUAAAAGUCUGACUUGUUUCUCAGCACACAAAAAUCGUUACAUGACAGGAUGGUAAAAAGUGAGCUUUAUUAAAUGUUAAAGGAAAGCGGGCUUAUUUAUCCUGAGUUGGAAGGUUUAAACAGUCCCCUACUACACAACACUACUAAUGUGUAAUACAGUGGAACACAAUUACUGUAAGGCAACACCCCACGGAUUGGGGCUGACAAUACUACAAUACUGUAUAUGUCGACGUAAAGGGAAUAUAAAGACAUUUUUCAUAGAAAAGAACCCUUUGGAUAAAAUUUUUGGGGCUUUCUAGUAAUACAAACAUGAUGGACGAGGACUUGAUGUGUCGGUCGGCAUAAGCGGGUUCCACUGUAGAACACUGAUGUAUUAUUUUCAUAUGCUAAACAUUGGAAUGAUAUGACAACAAAAUGGAGUGAAAAAUACAAUUUCAAAGGAAAAAAAAAGUUAUUUACAGUUUAACACAUCUUUUUGUUGUAACAGUGUAUCAUUGCUGGCAAAGCAUUUGUCCACUCCGAAGUGCUCAAUCGUCUUUAAUGGAGCUGUGGCUGUUCCUCCUGUAGUAGAACACGCUAAAAAGCACCCAAAUGUUCAGCAAGGUCAUGGUGAUGAAGCGCAACAGAACUGUGCCAAAGAGAACCUGCUGUUAGACACAUUCAGUCGAUGGCGUCCUUUAUUUAUUUGUCAUGAACUGCAAGUGGAAAGCGUGCUAAGGAGCAAUGACAGUUAUUAGCAGUACCACUGGACCAAUGGCGAUGCUAGAAUUCAACCACCGUUGUCUGUGACAGCCCACAUUUAUUUCACUUACCCUGCAUGUCUCCAGUUGUCACAAUGGUGGUAUAAAUCCGUGCUGAAAAAAAAACAGACAUUUAUAACCGCUAAGAGUGCAUCGAAUAGUAAAUAAAUGAUUAGUGGCUAUACUUACUAAUUUGCAUUUUUCUCAUAGCUGAUAAAGGUAAUAGGAGCUAUUUUUAACAGCUGUGUGACAUACAUGCAUACUGCUUACUUACUUGCGCAGGUGUAGCAGGCCAACCCCCAGGUGAGCGCGCUAACCUGGCCAGCGUCCUUUGACUUCCACAGACAUUGCAAUUGGGCAAACUUACUGGCCGCACUAAUGAAUGUGCACAGGCUCUACAACAAGACAAGUAAAAACAUAAACGCACCUUCCAUCUUCUAAACACUUACUGAAUGUGCUUUAGACACACAGUCACUUGUCACAACAUUUGGCACAUACGUAUGCAAAAUUCUGCCUUUGGAAGAUAAAAAUACGGUUGUGAUUGACACUCAAGGAAAUGUUACCUUUGUAUAUUUGUUCAGAUUAUCAAUUUGUUUGAAUGCUAUUUUAGCUCAACAUGCAUUUUUCGAGUUUGGUUGGUAUUCCUACAGUUAAUAUUCUGUGAAUACUGAAGGUAUUUGCUCAUAUUUUGGCUAGCUAACAUUCAUUCAUUAAUUCAUUCAUUUUCUACCGCUUUUCCUCACAAGGGUCACGGGGGUGCUGGAGCCUAUCCCAGCUGUCUU